AUGGCGAGCAAACAGUUGAUCAACUCUGUUGACACUACUGUCGAAGAAACAUUGGCGGGACUUUGUUGUGCAUAUCCGCACUUGGAAUAUCAUCUUGGACAUGAACCAUUUGCUGCAGGAUUUGUGGGUGCAGGGAUGCUGACCGCUUCAAUAGCUGGCUCAGUAUUUGCAGCCCCACCUCCAAACAAUAUUCUUCACGCUUUAAAUUGUGUUUCCAAUGAUGCCGGUACUCUGGCUGUGAUACCAAAUUACACUGGUGAUUGUUUGAACUUCGGAAUCACAAUCGAAAAAGCGAGACAGAAAAAUCUUAAGAUUGCAGAAAUAAUUGUUGGAGACGAUUGUAGUAUUCCUGCGUCAGAUCAAGGCCGCGCUGGAAAACGAGGGCUAGUUGGCCUUUUAUUUGUUAUAAAGAUAACUGGAGCAAUGGCUGAACGAGGAAAUAGUAUCGAUGAAAUAUUAUACCAUGCUAAAGUAGUUGCGGAUUGUAUAGCAACUUAUGGAGUUGGUUUACGUUCAUGUUCUUUACCUGGCCAAGGACUGAUGAUGGAGAUGCCAGCCGAUGAAAUAGAAAUAGGGCUUGGUAUCCACGGUGAAGCUGGAUACCAUAGAAUAAAAAUAAAAAGUGCAUCUGAAGUAAUCACCAUUUUACUAGAAACAAUAUCUGAAACAUUGUCAUUGAAUACUGGCGACUCAGUAGCAGUUCUAGUGAACAAUUUUGGCGGUACGAGUCAACUAGAACAGGGAAUUGUUAUUAAUGAAAUAGUCACACAAUUGAGAAAUAAAAAUAUAAAUGUGUGUAGAGUUUACUCUGGAGUACUGAUGACAUCGUUAGACAGUGCGGGAGUUCAUGUAUCUGUUCUAAAACUACCAGAAGAAUUUAAAAAAAUAUACCUCGACUGUCUCGACGACAAAACAGACGCACCCUGCUGGCCAGGAUGUGCUUACACUCUACCUACACUGGAUUCUAAUAAUAAAUUCGUUGACAAUAAAGUACCCAGCGUUGAAAGGACUACAAGUCUACCUAAAAAAUUAAUUGGUCCAAAAAUAAGCGAUCGAAACGCUAAUAUUUUGAAGGGAUGUUUACUGAAUGCAUGUAAAGCGAUUAUUAACAAUGAGGAGACACUCAACACAUUGGACCGUGGCUGUGGUAUUGUAAAAUCGCUGGAUACUCUAAGUACAACGCACCCCGUAUCAUUGCUCACUGAAUUGUCUGAAAUAGCUGAGGACUGCAUGGGAGGUACUUCAGGUGCUGUUUACAGCCUGAUGUUCACAACAGCAGCUUCAGCGUUACCAAAUACAGAAAUUAAAGCUGUUGAUUGGGGGCGAGCGUGGAAGUCUGCCAUUAACGGCGUUACCAAGUACAGCAAAGCACAGCCAGGCGACAGAACAAUGUUGGACGCACUAGACCCCGCUUGCACGGCAUUCAACGAACAGCUAAAUCAUGCAGAGUUUAACGUCGUUAUUAAAAAAACAGUCGAUGCGGCGAAAUUGGGGUGCAAUUUGACCAAACAAAUGAUUCCUAAAGCUGGACGUGCUGCGUACGUAAAGCAGUCGAAAUUUUUAAACGAUGUUGAUGCAGGAGCAUUUGGAGUUGUUAUUUGGAUUAGUGCGAUAGCUGAAAUUUUGAUGAAAGGAUAA